AUGCGGGCAUUAUUGGAAACUUUCAAUGUGACAAGCCCCAGUGGUUCCAGGCCCUCGCUCUAUGUUGCGUUCACCCGGCAAACUUCACCCUUUGCUACCACGGGGGAGUUCGGUGAUAUUGUCCAAACGGUUGGCCGCACUGAUAUCAACAAGUACGUUGACCUAGUAUCAGCCAACAAUGGGACAAUUGUGGCCCCUUUUGUAAAUGAGGAGCUAAACAAUCUACAGAACUGUCUAGAACAGAAACAAUCUGAUGCCACAGAUGAGUUCUGUGAGGAGCUCUUGGCUGAGGUCAGUGUGGAUAUACAAACCAUGGAGGCAUGCCUAGGGUCGGUGACCUCCCAAGAAUGCCAGCAAGUCCUACCAGAUGUACUUGAAAAUUUGGCAAGUUCAAAUGGUACAGCUAGUUUUACAAUUGAGAGAGACUCUCCCACGAUUUCACCAUCACCAAAUGUACAAUCUUCAUUAGUGGAGCUUCAAGUAAUGCUGGACAGCACUGACUCACGGGAAUCAUCUGGUUCACCGGUUUGGAGUCCCCAAACUGAAAGUCCAGACCCAUUGGUUCCAACAGACGCAACGGAAAUUUCAGCAGAUGCUAUGGGUAGCCCCUUGGUGACACAGACUACAGUAACACCAUCAGAUAGUGUCGUUGCUGCCUCAGCAAUGCAACCUCCAGCUUCAAGCAGCUCUCCAGGAUUCAACCAAAAUGACAAUCUCGGCAGACCAGCCUCAGUUGCCCCAAUGAGCAUGAGUUCGACAGAAGGAACAUUGACUGGCUCUCCAGUUGUAUCCUCAGUGGCACCAACCACAGUUUUCCCAACAGGGAUCCCCACUACAACGAUCCCAAUAACAGGACCACCAAGUGCCACUCUGGUAAACCCCAUCACUAAUUCCCCAACCGUUGCUCCACCACCACCAGCCCAACAGUACAGACAGCAGCUGUCACUUCUGGAUUGCUCACUAUGA